GUUUCGGUAUUAUAACCUAUACAAUUUAUCGCACAUCUGUAUUUAUUUUGAUCUUAUUUACGGCAACUGUUGAUUAAACGUUGUUAAUACUACAUUUGUAAGAAAACUUUUACCAUGGGCAAAAAGAAGAACAAAAAUAAAGUAAGUGGCGCUGUUAAGACCGCCGCUAAAACUGAAAAGAAACUUGCAAGUAAAUUAAAAAAAGAACUUGCAAAUUUGGGAGAGGAAGACAUAGCUAAAGUGCUAGCUGAAAUAGAGAGGCAGGAGGCCAAGAGAUCAGCAGCUACAGAGAAGACACUUCAGAGUCCGCCGACCACCAGAGCAUAUGCUACUCUGACACCGCACCCCACCAACAAUGAGCUGAUUGUGUUUGGUGGAGAGUAUCAUAAUGGACAGAAGACAGAAGUGUACAAUGAGCUGAUAUUCUACAACCCUGCAAACAACUCUUGGAAGUUAGUGAAGGCACCAGGGGGUCCACCACCAAGAAGUGCUCACCAGGCCAUUGCUACACCGGCUAACAAAGGUGAACUGUGGGUGUUUGGAGGGGAGUUCACAAGUCCUUCAGAGACACAGUUUCAUCAUUAUAAGGAUCUAUGGUGCUUCUCAUUAUCUGAAAAGAAAUGGGAGAAGGUGGUAGCCCCCAACGGGCCAUCCCCCCGCUCGGGGCACCGCAUGGUCCUCCUGGGGCGCAAUAUCGUCGUGUUCGGCGGCUACGCGGACGACGGCCGUGAGUGCAAGUACUUCGAUGACGUGUACACGUUCUGUUUGGACACAAGGACCUGGACGAAGCUGGCUCCCAGUGGGAGGGGUCCCAGUGCGAGGUCCGCGUGUAUUAUGCUCCCCGCUGGGAAUGACUCGCUCUUAAUAUACGGCGGGUUCUCCCGCGUCCGUGAGGGUCGUACGGAGCGCACGUACACCCACACGGACCUGUUCCGCCUCAGCCUGAAGGCGGGCGGCGGCUGGGCGUGGCGCGCGCUGGCCGCGGGGGCGAGCGCGCCGCCCGCCCGCGCCGGACAGGCCGCCGCUGUCAACGUGCAUAGCAACAGGGGAUACGUCUUCGGUGGAGUUAGCGACGUGGAAGAGACAGAGGAAGAUAUCCGUGGUGAGAUGAGCGACGACUUGCAGCUGCUGGACCUGGAAGCCGGCAGGUGGUAUGACGUCACGCUAAAGUCCGAACAGAGCGUUGCGCAGGCGCCGGCCGAUGACGUGAAGGAACCACAAGAAGUUGAAAAAGAAACUGUUACAGUGGUAACAGACGAAGUGUUCACGAUGAAGCUGGGCGGGGCCCCGGCGGCGGGCCCUCAGCCGGCAGCCCGCGGGGCCGGGCCCGGGGCCGGGGCGCGCGGGGGCCCGGGCCCGCGCAUGUCGGCCAUGCUGGCCGUGCAGCGGUCCACGCUCUACGUGUACGGCGGAGUGCUCGAGAAGGACGACAAGCAGUUCUACCUCACCGAUAUGUAUAGUUUAGAUCUGCAUAAGCUCAACGAAUGGAAGACGUUGAUAGAACAGCCGUCACUACCUGACUGGCUCGGAUCCGACUCGGAGGACGACGAAUCCGGAUCCGGAUCUGAUUCCGAAGACAGCGACGACUCAGAUGAAGAAGACUAAAUGUUAAUCAUAAAUAAUGUGUUGUCAUGUGUUCUUAUGUAUGAAAGGGUGAUGAAAGGCUGAGAUAUUUAAUCAUUAUGGUCUUUUAACUUGUUUACUUUCCUAAGGGCCAAUGCAUUAAUCACUACAGUGGUUAGUGAUCGAAUUUAAAACAUUUAUUAUCUGCUGACAGAAAUACAUUCGAUUAUAUAUAAAUAAGUCUAUUUUCGUGUGUCGGAACAGUUGUAAGGGGGUCGUAGUAAUGAUAAUUCUUUAGGUGAAUGUGCUGUGAUCACUUCAAAUAGGGUUAUUGUACUGUAAGCGCAAAUAGUCUUGCUUUUCUAAGUGUAACAUGUCAAUAAAAUUUCUUAUAUAAAUGUAGAAAGAACAAUGAGGAUCGUGUACAAAACUGAUUGUAAAAAGUAGAUAAAUUAAUCUGGUUCAUGAAUAGUUAAAAAGUCACAGUAAUGUUUGAUAUAAAACCUCUUUAAGAGUUAUCUGAUAUAGACUGUCUAUAGUUUUUCAGUCUAUGUUACUCGAAAUACGUGUUGUAUUUUUUGUAUAUAUAUUUUUAAGAAUAAACAUGAUUUUAAUACUUAAUGACAUUUUUAAUUAACCUUGAAAUGCCUAUAAUAUCGGAGUUCGUAUUUUGAAAUACAAUAAAAGGUUGGUUGAAAUAAAUAAAACAGCGAAUGUUA